AUGUCGAAUAAAGCAGAAUUACAACUUAAAUUAAAAGAUAUUGGUUAUGAAUUAGGUCCUUUUGCAUCGAAAGAUACAUUGUCAAACGUUUUACGUCUUCAUUUAUCGGCUUCGGAAAAUAAAGGCGUUGAUGUUGCGAAAUUAAGUGAUUUUACUCUUCGUAAAAAUCUGACAGAAAAUGGUCUUGUUGUUGGACCUGUUACAAAUCAUACACGAGCAAUUUAUCAACGUAAAUUACUUGAAAUAUUAACCAAUGAAACAAGCGAAGGAAAAGAAGAUGAAAUGGAUAAUGAUAUACCAAUAUCAAUGACACCGCCACGAGCAACUCGUAGUUCAAUAGCUCGAAUUGGAGAUAAUGAGGUAACAUCGUCCCCUGGACGGUCGUAUGCAGAUGUUUAUCAUGAACCACGUAUAGAAUUAACUCGUAUUGAUUUUAAUGAAAAAAAUAAACAUACUUUACCAUCAUUUUAUCCAAAUGUAUCGAGUACAAAAACAAAAUCUGAUCAAACAAUAACGCAUACGUAUUCACCACAACGUUCAUCAACAAAGCCAGAAUCACGAAAUAGUACAACAUCCUAUGGUUUAAGAAAUCCAUAUGAUUUUCAAAACGAUGACCCAAUUAUAAUUCGGCAUGAACAUAAAACAACACCAUUUCGAACAUCGACUAUUUCAACAAGUGAAACAAUUUCAGCAAAUGCAAAUCGUUAUACAAAACCAUUGGAUUUACCAUCAACAACACGCAAUGAGUUCAAUGAAAUUCGUUCACGAAUUCUACCAAAUAAAAUUGAAGAUAAAGAAACUCCAAUUAUUAAAGAUUCCAUGCCAAAGAAAAAUACUUUCGCCAAUCAAUUGGAAAAUACAAAGUCGUCUAACGUUGAAAAACUUGAUGCUGCAGCCAAAAAUGGUGGAACAUUCCUCUAUGGUGGUAUUACAAUUGCCGUCGCAUUAAUAGUCUUCAUACUUUAUCUGUGGCUCGAAAAAUGA